ACUGUUUUAUAUUUAAAUAGAAGCCUUAGUGUAAUUGAGGCUAAAAAUUGUACUCUUCGUGCAAAAGGAAGCUUAAAAUUUCCGAAAAACUUUAGUUUUGGUGCAGCAACAUCAGCCUAUCAAAUAGAAGGUGGUUGGAAUGCAGACGGAAAAGGUCCAUCAAUUUGGGAUGAAUACACCCACAAUGAUCCGGAUAGAAUUACAGAUAGAUCAAAUGGUGAUGUUGCAAUUGAUUCGUAUCACCGUUUCGAUUUGGACUUGAAAAUAUUGAAAGAAUUAAAGUUGGAUCACUAUCGUUUCUCAAUUGCGUGGACAAGAAUCUUUCCAAAUGGUGAUGUUUCGUCUAAAAAUCAAAAGGGCAUUGAUUACUAUAACGAUAUCAUUGAUAAGCUUCUAGCCAAUAACAUAGAACCGAUGGUCACCAUGUACCACUGGGAUUUGCCGGUUGAUAUUCAAAAACUUGGUGGUUUCACCAAUGCCCUCAUCAUAAACUAUUUUACUGCUUAUGCUGAGGAAUUAUUUAAAUUAUUCGGUGAUCGUGUAAAACUCUGGAUAACAUUUAACGAACCAAUGCAAAUAUGUAAACCUGGAUAUAGUACUGCAGAAUCACCGCCAAAUAUAAAAUCCCCCGGAAUUGGAGACUAUCUUUGUUUUACGAAUAUUCUCAAGGCACAUGCUCGCACCUAUCAUCUUUAUAAGUCGAAGUACGUUAAAGAACAACGUGGCAGAAUUGGAAUAACUAUGGAUACAUUCUUCUUCAUCUCAAAAUCUAAUGAUAAAAAUGACGUAGACCGCGGAAUGCAAUUUUCAUUUGGUAUUAUUGCGCAUGCAAUUUUUAGCAAGGCAGGAGGAUUCCCGAAGGUAUUGGUGGAUGAUAUUGGUAAAAACAGUCUAGCCGAAGGACGGAGUGUUUCCCGUCUACCGCAUCUUGACGCAUACUGGAAAGCCUACAUUCGAGGAUCAUUUGACUUUCUUGGCUUAAAUUACUACACAUCAAGAUAUGUUGAACGCCCUUCAAAACCUCUUGGUGAAAAUCCCUCCAUGUUAAGGGACUAUGACAUCGAGGAAACCUCUGACCCUAAUUGGCUUCAAGGUAAAUCGAAUUGGUUGUAUUGUGUUCCGACAGGAUUUGAAGGUCUUUUAAAAUGGAUUCGUGAAGAAUACGACAAUGUCGAAGUAAAGAUUACAGAAAAUGGUUGGUCUGACGAGGGUGAUCUAGAUGAUGAUGACCGAGUUAGUUAUUAUAAGAGCCACUUACAAGCAGUCUUGAAUGCUAUUCAUGAUGGAAGCAACAUAACUUCUUAUUCUGCUUGGAGUUUAUUUGAUAAUUUUGAAUGGAAUCGUGGAUAUACAGAAAAAUUUGGACUUUAUGCUGUAGACAUGAAAAGCCCGAAGAGAGAACGUACUGCAAAAAAGUCUGCGAUUUACUAUAGAAAAAUUAUUGAAGCAAGGACACUUGUAGAUGAAUUUUAAAUUUAAAUCUGGAAAAAGCUGUAUAUAUUGUAUUUAUGAAUGUAUGUUUGUUAGAAAUAGUUAUAAUCUUAAAGAAUUGUAUUUAAUUUAACAUAGUAGAAAGACGCUUAAUAAAAAUUAUAUUUUCGGCCUUA